AUGACGUCGACAGAAGUGACUCCGGAUGCAAACGUGAUCGAGCAGCGACCGGGAGAGAAAACCGGUGAGGCCGAGUUCCAUUUUCCCAACGGGGACUCCUACUCUGGCGGCUACAAGAUCUGGCCAGAGGAGAAAAUCAAGAGCUACGGGAUCAUGCGGCACGGCGAGGGCACGUAUACGACCCAGGACGGCGGCCGGUACAGCGGCGACUGGAUGGAGGACUGUUUGGAGGGCCAGGUCACCAUCCAGUACCCGGACGGCAGUUCGUUCGAAGGCACCCUCCAGGACGGCCACUACUCCGGGCCGGGCCGCUACCGGUUCCCGGACGGAUCCUUCUUCGAGGGCAGCUUCGUCGGCAGCCAGGUGACCGGCCAGGGCAUCUGGGUGGAUGCUGAAGGCCAGCAGUGGCGCGGCGAAUUCGCCCCCGACAAGGCACUCAGUCUCCGAUUCAAGCACAAUCUCUAA